AUGGGUGCCGGAGCAUCUGCCCCACGGCAGCCCCUACAAUCUCUCAGUGCAGACAGCAUCAAGGAACUCGUGGAGUCUUUGGGUCCCAAAUUCGCAGACAUCGGAGAACAGCUGCAGGAAAAUGGGUACGACGGCGCGAUCCUGGCUGACGCGUCCGACGAGGACCUUGACGAACUCUUCGAUGAGCUCGAGGUCCCAAAGCUGAAGCAAAAGGUGUUACGGAAGAAGCUUGCCUGGCUCAAGGAAGGGAUUUCUACGGCAUCACUUGACGAGCACCCGGCCGCGGCGGACGGCCCGCCCGCCGCCGCGGCGCCGAAGGACGAAUACGUUGUCGACGCAUACGACUGCUUCCUGUCGCACAAGCGCUCCGACUGCCAGGAUGUGGUCGCGCGCGUGCAUGACCGGCUGACGGAUGCGGGCUACCGCGCGUUCAUCGAUCGGGAAGAGCUCGAAGAAUUACCAAAGCUCAAAGCAAGCGUGCGCGCGUCGGGGAAGCUCGUCUUCUUUAUGUCCCCUAAGAUCUUCGAAUCGGACUGGUGCAUGUUAGAGCUCUGCACGGCGGUCGACAGCGGCAUUGACGUACUGCCGGUCACCGUCGAAGGCACGACGUGGGGCGGCGGCGCUCGAGUGUUCCCCGACGUCCAACAAGACGUACCGGAAAAAGUAGAGAUCCAGGGCCAGGUGUACCAUCCGCGCGCGGCGGCGGCCAAGGCCUUUGCGCACGCAAUCGGCCUCGAGCACUCGCGCAGUUACUUCGACGCAUUUAUUGACAAACUUUCGAAGCGCAUCGGCCCCUCGAAGCGAGUGGUGGCGGACGGGCCGCCCGAGGGCAGCGUCGCUAGGCAGAUCUGGCAGCAAGCCGGGGGUACCCCGUCGUGGGGCGACGUACUCAAGACGCUCCGCGAGACCUCAGGCGCGGCGGACGCCGUCGACGCAUCGCGCCCGGUGCUCGCGCGCGCCCUCGGCCUCGUCGACGGCGCCGACGAGAGCUCGCCGGUGAACGCGGCGGCGCUCGCCGCCGUAUUUCCGCCGGGAACGGACGUAGCGCAGACCUUGCGGGCGCUCGCGGCGCGCACUCAACCGGUGGGCGUGACUGACGGUGGCGCGGCGACCACCACUCCAGGCGGCGGCGCGGGCGAGGAGACAUUAAUGCCCGUGGUGAUGGCCGCAGAUGCAACAGCGUUAGAGGAGGCGGAAGCGGCGGGGACGGCAGCAGAGUUACCCGACGCCGGACUUGCACUCGUCGGCGGCAACACGUCGAUGGCAUCCGUGCGUGCGCAGCUGAUCGAGGCUCUCGACGAACUCGGAAUUGAGGGCGACGAGGGGCUGGGCGACACAAUCGAGCGCAUCAAAGGAGGAAAAUUCUCAUUUCUGCUACCGAUGAAAGGGAAGCGGCGGCGACGCGUCGUUAUGCGCACGCAAGAGAGGCUCGUUCGCGGCGCCACGGCGAUGGGUGAUCCGAUCGCGCUCAUGCCGACGACCAAGGCGGCUGCAGAGCCGCUGGCUGUAACGGCGGUGGCGGUGGACGGGGCGGCCGAUGCCGCUGCGGAGAUCGUUUCCCGGGCGGCGCGCAAGGACGCGGACAAGCUCAGUAUCGACGCGGCCCUCCGCGACCCGGACCUGUUCACCGGACUGCGCCGAAUUCUCCAUGAGGAGCGCGCUGGUGGUGAUGCGCCAGAAGAGGAAGCGGCUGUGCUCGCGUCGAAGGUGGCGGAGCUCAAAAAACUGCUCUCUGGUGGCGGUGACGGCGGCACGCUCGCCGCAGACGUUCGCGCGCUAUCAACUGCCGCAGCCGCGCAAGACGGAGCAGUCGCGCGUCUCGCGGGCGCGGCGGCGGCGCAGAGCGUGGCUUCGGCCGCGGCCGAAGGCGGCGACGCGGCGGCGCUGGUCGCGGCGCUCGAGCCCCUCGCGGCGGCGGCGCGCGAGGGGCUGGCGCCCUCGCUCGAGAAACUACGCGCCGAGAUUGCGCGCGACGGCGCGACGCCCUCGCUACCCAAGUCAUCGGUCGGGUCGCGGAAGCGCGUCGUGAUCGCUGGAGGCGGCUUCUGCGGCGCGAUGGUGGCGUACCGCCUCGAUAAAAACCCGGAAUUCCAUGUGACACUUCUUGACACGAAGGAAUACGUCGAAAAUACGCCAGUAGUGUUAAGGCUGAUGUGCCUCGCCGGCAAGGAGUUCGAGGACAUGUUUAGCAAGGCGCUCAUCGAGCAUAAGGCCUAUGUUAAGAAUGGUGACGUCGUGGUGGGCUCUCUAGCCGCCGUGCGCACCGACCACAUCCUCUAUGGCGCGAAGACUGGCGUUGCCGCGCACGUGCUGCCCUAUGAUUAUCUCGUCAUCUCGACAGGGACGGCAUACCAGUCCGACAUCAAGACCGAUGGUACGUCAAUAGAGCACCGCAGGCGUUCCUACGAGAUUGAGCACCAGCGCAUCGCAGAUGCUCCCGCCACUGUGGUCGUGGGCGGCGGGCUGGUUGGUACAGAAUUAGCUUUGGACAUCUCCACAUUUUUCCCAGGCAAGAAGGUCGAGUGGAUCUCCGGGAACGAGACGUUGAUGUCGCGCAUUCAUGGUUUCCACGACCCAACCAUGGAGGUCGUUGAGCGCGAGGCUGCGAAGGGCCACCUAAAACUUUCCCUUGGCGAGCGGGCCAUCUCGGUGAACCAGGCCGGGUCCAUACUGACCGAUAAGGGCAAUGAGACGACGCCGGGCGCGCGCGCCUAUUGGUGCACCGGCUACCGAGCGAACAACAGCUUUAUGAAGGACCCGCGCACGGCUGCGAGCGUCGCAUCCUGCCUGGAUGACGAGGGCUUCAUCAAUGCGGGCCCGACGCACCAAUUGUCUCACCCAGCGCUCUCGCACGUCUUCGCCGGCGGAGACAUAUGCUGUCGGGAUCGGUUUGGCGGCGGCGAGCGGAUGGCGGCGUACGGGCACACGCACGCCAUGGUCAUCUGCGAAAAUAUCGAACGGCUUGCCGGCACGCUCAGCGGCCCGCUGCAGGCGGCGCGCAUCGGCAUACCAAAAAAGGGCGCAGACAGUGCCACCGAUAACGAAGGCGUCCUGAUCUCCCUCGGCAAGACGGACACCGUUAUGUUCUCGAAGAAUCCGCUGAUGCGCGCCUUCUACCCCAAUCCCGAGGAGAUGGAAGAGAAAUACGGGCCGAUAGACGAGGCACCCAACGGCUGGAUCCUUCUCGAUGACCAAUCCUCGCUCAAGUUUGGGUUCGGUGUGGACCUGCUGGCCGAAACGUUCCGAGAGGGCAAGGACGAGUGGUGGGCGGGAUUCGACGGACCGCGAAUGUACGACUUCGUGCCUUAAUUAGGCUUUCUACUAGUUCCUUUUUUCAC